CGGGCAUGGGGUAUAUGAGGGAGCCCGGUGUGCGUUGCUGGAGCACCCCGUCUAGCCAACUUUCCUUCAUCGCCAUGUCCUCCCAGGCUACCAAGCGCAUCACCCGCUCGAUGAGCACCCGUACUGCCAAGCGCCAACGUGUCCAUGAACAACUGGUCUCCUUGGGAAUCGAAGAAACCCUUUCUGUCCUCCUGGUCGUCCUCUCGGUCCCCGAGCUGAUCGAGAUGCUCCCCGCUUGCAGUCUCGCGAAGCUCAAGGCAACUUCCAGCGACGUGAGGGCUCUGCUCUCGACCAAGACCGUGGGGAUUCGCAUCUGGGCCGAGUGGUUCAACAAGCAACACCACACCAGGCUCCUCUCCGAUGACUGCGUCCAACUGGUCAAGUAUUUCCCUGCUGGACCAGUUGCCUUCAACCUCAAGUGGUUCAAGUUCAUUCCGGGGACCGUGGUUUCAGCCGAGUUCGUCCGAGUCGUCACUCGUUUCCGCCGAGACAACUCCGAGUUCCAGAUCGUACGACGACUCCUCGAGGCCAAGCACGUCCCCACUGCAAUGUGGUUUGUCAAGCGCAUGGUCUGGAAUGGCGAAAUCCACAGCAAAUGCCUUUCCGUCUUGAGCAACAAAUCCAAGGCGCUCGACGACUUCCUCCUCGAAGAACGUGACAUCUUCCUCGGAUCACCAUCGAUCGAGAUCAACCAGGCGUACUUUCAGUGGCUCGAGUCAUUGGACGCAUCCGAACUGAAGGUCAAGUUCGCCCUCCACGAAUGCUAUCGAUAUGGCAGAGGUACUGAUGCCAACCCGACCAGAGCCUUGAAUCUUCUGGUCGAAUGCGCUCGAGGUGGUUAUCACGACAGCGCCCAGCAGAUCUACGACAUCUGCCGACAUGGGUGGAUCCGAAAUGCGCCCCAAGCAUCGUCCGUCUGGCAUUGGUUGUCGGAUUCGUCGGGACACAGUCUCCCUGAAAGGGACAGGACCCUUCUGUCAAUCUACUGCAUGAAGAACUCGAUUGGCUUCCCUCGAUGGAUGAACUGCAAGGCGACGUAUCAGUAUAGGCUGCUCAUGGCGUACAGGGAUGGCAGCAUGAUAGCACGCCAGCAAAUCCUCAGCAUUUCCCCCAGUGCACCACAUCACUGGGAUCGUCCUGAUCACUGGGUUGAUAUGAUCGCUCCGAGCCAUAUCGUUGCAGCCAGAAACGAUCCACAGGUUCAAGCCGUGUUUAUGGACUUGCUCAAGCGCUCCAUCAUGGUCAAGAACAAUGGUGCUGCUAUUUGGUCUCGCUACGAGAGGCUCAUUCGCGAGGUAUGCAUGCAGUGAAUGCAGUGUACAACCCCUUCUUCCAAUCCUCUUCCGACCCGCUCACAAGCGACGACGUUUCACUUCCGAGUCUCUUACGAGUUUUCAGCCCCACACCAUGUUUAUCGAGCGAGCUUCACUUCCGAGUCUCUUCCGAGUCCACUCCAUGGAUGGAUGGGUGGGC